AUGGGUAAUCGACAAGGCUCUGUUGUCAUUCAAGUUCUGGAGCCUUUAUUUGUAUGGUUGGGAUCCAAAAAAGCUAGUGAUGCUUUUUCUCCAGAUAGCCCCAUCAGAUAUCGAUUCGACUUAUCUUAUGUGAUUGAACUUGCCAGCUUUGUCACAUUCAUUACUUGUACCGCCUUUAUUGCGUUGAAGAUUACAGUGGGAUCGGAAGAAGAACCCAAGCAGUUAGACAAUAUGCAAAUCACUAUUGUUCCAGGUAGUUCCGUCACCCAGCAAUCGGAUGAUUCGGCAAUUGUGUCUUCGGUGGUUCCGUCAUUGAAGUCCAAAGAAUUAUCGCAUGGCCAUUUUCUCGAUGUUGUUCGGGUAACAACUUCUACCUGUCCAUUCAUCAUCUCUGUUGGUAUGGACCAUAAGGUUCUGGUUUGGUCUCCGUUGAUGAAUCCGAUUCCUGUUCCCACUCAAUUGCCAAUUUCAGGACGAUUUCUACCUGUUACCCAGGUGGUGAUGUCGUCAUCAGGAUCUCUUAUCGCUGUAUUCAGCAAAUGCGGUGUGGUUAAGUGUUGGUCUCGAUUGUCUAUGUCGUGGAUAUGGACUAUUCAUGCUGGUGGUUUAGAAAAUAAGCAGCCUUUGGAAGCAUUUUUCAGAACGAGACAUAGUCCUGGUAUGCGUUCACGUAAGGGACAAAAAAAGAAUGAUCUUACUCAGAGGAAGCAUGUUCGUAUGGAAAAAGAUGAUAAUGAAGAGACGCAACAUGACGAAAGAGGUCGAUUCGCUGUAUUUAUGACCAGAAACGAAUCUUCUGCUACAUCUACAACUGUUGGUAGUAGGAUGCUGGCCAGGGCUACUAGGUCACUGUCAGUUGAUUCCAAAUUUGAUGCAAGCACGGAUAUGAAAAAGCUCAGUGACAAUACGGAGAAAGACUUUCUGAUUGUUUUAAGGAACGGACUAUUAUUGACUAUUGAUUGCACAGAUGGGUCGAUAGAGAAGGAAAACGUGUUUGAGAGCAUUAUAGGUGGUAAGAAAGAUACUGAUUAUGGAAGUAUCGUGGCCUGUAAAAAGCUCCUUACUCCAAGAAUGAAUGACAGAAUCGUUUUUGCUUUGUCGGACGGAUCUCUGAUCGUUUCCACUGCAAUCGGUACCAAAUGGAGAUCUCGAAGAAUAGAAGCGAAAGGUGGAUAUAAUAAGGAAGGUGAUAACAACUCCGGCCGAAAGUUUCAUUACUCGGCUUCUUCUUCCCCGGUUAUACUAGCAACGGUUCCAUUUGUUGGCAUGAUAGUAAGAGUGCUUGAUCUAUGGGCCCAGCUCAUUGACGUUCAAUCGGGGAUAUUGCUCAAGGAAUGGCCUAUUGGACAAGUUAAGGAGGGGACAUUUCGAGUGUUUCAUCCGGAGCCAUCGCACUGCCGUUUCUGUGGUUGUGCUUCUGUUACGUCAUUCUCCGUUGCUUACACUGAACUUGAAAGUAAUACUCUAAUCUUGCAUACUUUCUCAAUGGAAAAUCGUGCGAAGAACGCCAUCUGUCUGCGUGUGGAAAGAGAUCCUAGAGAGACUAGAUGUUUGGGUUUUGCUUCAGUCACGCAGCAUCAGCACUGGUUGACGGGUGUGGAAGGAUGGGGUGCGACGGAUUUGGACGUUGUUAUGGGAGUGAGACAGAAAGAGAGGAGUGUUGAUAAAGAUGUUCAGGGGGGUGUUCUUGUCAAGUGCUACGAGGCUGUAAAGAAGACCGGAGUAUUAAGGAAAAGAAAAGAGUCUAAAGGGAAGUUUAUGGGUGUCCAGAGUGCCCCAAUACAUCAUUUAUGGGAAGGUUUUACCAUGUCGGCAGAUGGACAAGUCAACUACUACGAGAUACCUAACGGAGAUAAAUCAGGCUUGCUAAUUAAAAAAAUAGGCCCGGUAGAGAAGUUUGGCCACAAGUCAAUCGUCGCCUCGUUUGGUAAUGUAAUGAAGGUUCUCUAUUUAGGCAACGAUAACUUGAUUGAGGAGGGAGAUGGCGAAAGCGCUACGGUUGCUAACUUGGGCCAGGCAUCUAAUUCUCUAUCCUUCAUAAACAGGAGAAGAAGACUGCAUUUGCGAAGAUACGAUCUGACGCACUCGGCAAACUUCAAUGGAUAG